UGGCCGAACGCCUAUUUUAUGCUGGAGCGUCGUGUUUGUCAGAGCCACACAGGGAAAACCGCUGAGUCUGCAUGGGGUCACAAAGGGGAAUUUCUCAACUGUAACGCAGACAGAUAACACAGCACCAUGGAUCUCCAAAAUAGCACUUUUGGCAACACUUCCAAUGUCCAGGUGCCUCCUCACAGCCUCUGGGAGGUUAUAACCAUAGCCACAGUGUCAGCCAUUGUCAGCCUGAUAACUAUAGUUGGUAACGUUCUGGUGAUGCUGUCCUUCAAAGUAAACAGCCAACUUAAGACUGUAAACAACUACUACCUGCUGAGUUUGGCCUUCGCUGACCUCAUCAUAGGAGUGCUGUCCAUGAACUUAUACACCACAUAUAUACUGAUGGGUUACUGGUCCUUGGGGAACAUUGCAUGUGAUCUCUGGCUGGCAGUGGAUUAUGUAGCCAGCAAUGCUUCAGUCAUGAACUUACUUGUCAUAAGCUUUGACAGAUACUUCUCCAUUACAAGGCCGCUGACUUACAGGGCGAAGCGGACUCCAAAGAGAGCAGCCAUUAUGAUAGGCCUGGCAUGGCUGGUGUCGUUUGUCCUCUGGGCGCCGCCCAUUCUGUGUUGGCAGUACUUUGUAGGAGAGAGAACAGUACCUGUGGACCAGUGCCAAAUCCAGUUUUUGACAGAACCUGUGAUCACAUUUGGGACAGCUAUUGCUGCCUUCUACAUCCCAGUCUCUGUUAUGACCAUCCUUUACUGCAGGAUCUACAAGGAGACGCAAAAACGGACAAAAGAUCUAGCAGAGCUGCAAGGGCUCACAACAGGAAAUGUUCCAGAGGGAACUAAACCUCAGAAAACAAUCAUUCAUUCUUGUUUUCAUUUCACCAGAGAGAGGAGGGACCAGAGUCAGGCUUCCUGGUCCUCAUCUAAUCAAAGUAACGUCACUAAAACUACCACUAGAUCAGAUGAGGCAUGGGCGAAAGCAGACCAGAUCACUUCUUUUAACAGCUACACGUCAUCAGAGGAGGAGGAGCAUCCCGUAUCAAUAGAAACCCCACAAGGAUCUUUCAAAGAGCAAAGCAGUGGACAAAGUAACAAGAAUGGGCAGGCGACUGAUUAUACAGAAGAUCAGUAUUUUUCCUCUCCUCAAAAGAAGAACAGUAAAAAGUGCAUCUCUUAUAAGUUUAAGCCUGGCUCAAAGGGUAAAAACGGCAAUCCCACAAGUGCUACACCGUGCCCGCCUGAAGCAGAGCAGCCCGCCAAAAACGCCUCCCCCUCCACCUCCUCCACCGCUUCCAAGCCCAUGGACCCCGUCCUGAAGAACCAGAUCACCAAGAGAAAGAGGAUGGUGCUGGUGAAGGAGAAGAAGGCAGCCCAGACUCUCAGUGCCAUCCUCCUGGCUUUCAUCCUCACAUGGACACCGUACAAUAUCAUGGUGCUCAUCUCCACUUUCUGUGUCGACUGCAUCCCUGUGUCUCUGUGGCACCUGGGCUACUGGCUGUGCUACGUCAACAGCACCAUCAACCCCAUGUGCUACGCUCUGUGCAACAAGACCUUCCAGAAGACCUUCCGCAUGCUCCUCCUGUGCCAGUGGAGGAGGAGGAGGAGAGGCGAGGACAAGCUGUAUUGGGGUGGACAAAACCCAAAUGUCAACAAUAAAAUGACUUGA